UAAACUAAGAAUAAGAGUGUUUAGAAGCAGAGAGUUGAGUUAGGGUGAAGUGGAAGUGAGAAAGAAUGGCAGUGUCAGGAGCAACGAAGCAAACCUUCGACGUCGUAAUCCUAGGAGCAUCAGGUUUCACAGGCAAACACGUCCUUCAAGAAACCCUCAAAUUCCUCAACACAUUCAACUCCGUAGCUAUAGCGGGCCGAGACCCAUCAAAGCUGGCCCAAACCCUCCAAUGGGCCACCCGGCCCAACCCACCACCUCCGAUUCCAAUAAUCGCCGCCGAUACCGCCGACCCAUCGUCGCUCCGCGCCCUCUGCGGCCAGACGCGCCUCCUCCUCAACUGCGUCGGCCCAUUCCGCCGCCACGGCGAGCCCGUCGUCUCCGCCUGCGUGGAAGCGGGAUGCGACUACUUGGACAUAACUGGGGAAGCGGAGUUCAUGGGGCGCGUGGAGCGCACGUACCACGAGAGGGCGUUAAAGAAGGGUUCUUUGGUGGUGUCGGCAUGUGGGUUCGAUUCGGUUCCUGCUGAAUUAGGGUUUUUGUUCCAUUCGAGGGAAUGGGUUGAAGGGUAUGUUCCAAAUCGUGUAGAAGGUUACCUGAGUGUGGAAUCGGAGAAGAGGGUGGUGGGUAAUUUUGGAACCUUUGAAUCUGCGGUUCUGGCUGUUGCCGAUUUGAAGCAGAUGGAAGGGCUCAGAGCCACCAGAGUGAGACCUGUGAUUCCCGGGCCACCACCUAAAGGAGAAAUUAUACAACACCAGAAGAAAAUUGGACUUUGGGGAGUGACACUACCUUCAGCUGAUGCAACUCUUGUUGGAAAAACACUUUCAAUUCUAACAGAAAACCCCGAUGGUCUCACCGGGUUGAAUGAGAGUGCUGAGGUGGUUGAGAAAAGGAAAGCCUUUUGGUCAUCUGUGAAGCCAGCUCAUUUUGGUGUCAAGGUAGGCUCAAAAUCUGUGUUGCUCAUGUUUGGAUAUAUUAUGAUCGGUAUAAUCAUUGGCCUUUUAGGACGUAUCAGUUUUGGAAGAUGGCUUCUUUUGAAGUACCCUUCAAUCUUUAGCUUAGGUGUGUUUAGUAAGAAUGGCCCUUCCGAAGAGGAGAUUGCAAGUGCUUCAUUCAAGAUGUGGUUUGUUGGACAUGGUUUCAGGAAUGAGAGACUUGCUGCACAGGGAAACACAAAACCUGACAUGGAAAUUAUAACUCGGGUAAUGGGACCCGAAAUGGGUUAUGUUACCACCCCAAUAAUUCUGGUUCAGUGUGCUCUUAUUCUUCACACCCAACGAAACAACCUACCAAAAGGAGGAGUUUACCCUCCAGGGAUAAUAUUUGGUCCAACUGAUCUCCAAGAAAGACUCCAACAAAAUGGAAUGUCUUUUGAUGUCAUCUCAAAAAGCACUCUUUCUUCUUGACUGAAAGAGAAGAAAAAAUGACUGGUCAGAAUAUUGACUUGUUUGUGGUAAUAAUAAAGUAGGGAGAGAAACUUUUUGGCCGGCCUUCUUUCUCUACAUUUUGUAAGGAUACUACAGUUAUAUUAACUUUUUGACUUUAACAUUUGUUCAGGUGGAUUUAAUGUUAAUUUUUUAGACAUCAUAAUGACUGACUUUAUUUCAUGUGAAGAUCAUAACUUGAAAGUCUGUCUACGAGUGGCAGAAUGGAGCUAAUUGAUGCUUAAUUUACUUGGAAAUGAGCUUAUAUAAAGUCUUAAACUGAUUUUGGUUUGAAUGUUGCUAGUUUAAUGCAUGUUAUUGUUGGCAUGCAGUAAUAACUUGACAUAGAUGGCACAAGGCUAGUCUACUGUCUUGUAUUGAUGCCAAAGUAACACGUUUAUUCUUUAAAAGUGCCAUCAACCGGAUAGAUGUUUUCACCUUACAAAAAUCCUGGAGCUGUUAUUGUGAAGAUAUUGAUUUACUUAUUAAUGAAAUGUUGAGUCUGAUGAAUCACACACCGUGCCCGCAGUGAUUCAAGUCCACGUUUUUUGAAAUGGGUAAUUGAGAGAAAAUGCCGUAGUAUACAACUUCACAACAUUUAGAAAAACAGUAAAGGAAGCUUGUUUGCGAUAACUGUUCUAAAUGCAGUACGAUGGGUCCAGUACUACAUACAGUUCUGAAGCAACUCGUGUCAUGUUGAUGAAUUCCUAAGUGCUUUAUAAAUUGAUUCCUUGAUUGGUCAUGGAUGUCUGACAUAAUUAAUAUCAGAAAAAGAAGCCUAACUGCUUCUGACAAGCCAGAAGCAGCAUCCCCAGAGUGGAUACUUUACCGUCCUUUGCACUGCAGCAGCAAAAAACAUCGUCAAUCAAAAUACCUCCGAUUUGCAAUAAAUUUGAUUGGCUCACGGAGGCCAAAGUAAAUGCAGAUUUGUAGCGGGCUAGUGUUGGGAAUAGCUUUAAAAAAGGUCCUUUAGGCCUAUAUCCGUAAAGAAUUUUAUCGCAGUGGUCAAUCGGAUGACUUCUUUACAAUAACCGUUCCAAAUAUCUUUACAGCAUUAAACUUCUAACGAUAGCCUUAAAUUUUUCAAAAAACAAUGAAUAAGAUUGUAUUAAGGUUCAACACCUAACUUUAUGCGCAUGGCACAAAUUCAUUUCAUUCGACAAGUUAGGAAACUGAAUUUUCCUAAUCAAUCAACAUUUCUCCAUUCGUAGUCUGAAUGGUUGCUUUGGUAUUCUGUAGCCUUAGUCCUUCGCCGUGUUUCUUCAUUUCCUGAGACCUGACAAACUCCUCAAUUCUUGCUUUUAGCUCAUCAUUGGGAAUCAGCAUAUCCACAGUGAGAUAAGAACGGUUGAAUGGGUCAGACUGCACAAACAACCAAAUAGAAAAAAGCAUAAAUAAAGGAAACUCUUCUCUAUAUGAACAUAAUGUAAAUGAGGAACAAACGAUCAAAGGUGUACAUUAUCACUAAGAAGAUGCCUUUGAAUGACGGGACGAUCAACCGUGAUCCUUGAAGAAGGCAAGAUAACUGGAUCCUUCAUCAAAGUGUACUGUACACAAGAAAGGGGGUCAUGUAUGGUAAUUCACAACAGCUUAUAAACAUCAUUUUUUAGAGCUUUUGGAACAAAAAGAAAGCAAUAUUUCCCUAAAAAUAAUGACAAGCAAACACGCACCUGGUCGUGAAUAAAAUUUUAAUUUUUCAUAUCAAUUAUUAAAUAUGGGUCAUACCCAUCC